UUUGCGGGCGCCUCUGAAUUAGCCAGUCGUUAGCGAAAAUGUUUCUACUCGUGCUGCUCGCAGCAGCAGCAUCAUCACCGUCAUCACUGGCCGUCGCCGAGGAUGAUUUGGAAGGCUUUUGCGAUGGCAUCACUGCAGGAAUAUUUCCCCACCCGGAUCCGGUGUUGUGCUACAAGUACGUUUCCUGUGUUUUCGGAGAAUCGAAUGUUUACCAGUGCGCCGAAGGUUUCAUUUUCGAUCCAGAAAUUUUCGAAUGUAAACCUGGCAGUUGGGAUGAUUGUUCCAGAACGGAUCCAGAAUUGGAACUGAUCUGUUCGGCGGUAUCGUUCGGCGUGUUUGAGUUCCCCGAGAACUGCACCAAGUUUGUGUUCUGUGAGCUGGGCAACCCGAAUGUUAUCGAGUGUUUGUCAAAUGAAAUCUGGUGGCAGGAACAGGGUGUUUGCUUGUUUGGAAACAGAGAUACUUGUCAGCCUGGUGAUGUGUUCUGUAUGGGAAGACCGGAUGGAGUGAUUCCCCAUCCCAAUGGUUGUGAGUUCUACAUCGAGUGCAUUGACGAGCGAAGUACCGAGUUUGAGUGUCCACGAGGACAAAUUUUCUCGUUUGGAUCGUUGCAAUGUGUGGUAGGCAGUGCGACAACUUGCCGAUCACUGGAGGAGGUUUGCUUACAGCAGCCACCUCAGCAAACGCAUCCGCAUCCUGAUUUCUGUGACUUGUUUAUCAGGUGCGAUGGCAGUCAUGCCAGCAUCGAUAAGUGUGGAGAUAACGAAAUAUUUCGACCGGAUAUUCGAUUUUGCGUUCCCGGUGAUUCACAGACAUGUGUAGCGAGUAGACCCGAGGUAGCUUGCCAGGGCAGACCGGAUGGAAUUAUUCCUCAUCCGGAUGGGUGUAAACUGUAUAUUCGGUGCGUGGGUGGUACUUCGACCGUAGAAAGCUGCCCGAUAGGGCAUAUUCUACGACCAGACUUGCAACUUUGUGUAGCAGGUGAUUCGGAAACCUGCCAGCUUUUGGAUGGAGUGUGUGCUGGACGUCCGGAUCGGUAUGUAAUCGAACAUCCCAACCAUUGCGGAAUGUUUAUUUGGUGUAUUGGCGGACGAGCGGAGGUUCAUAACUGUCCACCGGGGGAAAUACUUCGCCCGGAUAUGCAGUUUUGUGUUCCGGGAAAUGUGGACACCUGCGAAGCUGAUUCCAUUGAAGAGAUGUGCGACGGACGACAAGGGCCUGUUAUCUAUCCGCACCCGUAUCGGUGCGAUCAGUUUAUUAUUUGCAAUGAGGGAAUAGUGACUAUCCACACAUGCCAGGAGGACACUAUUGUUCAACCAGGGACAAUCCAGUGCGUUCCAGGGAAUGCAGAAUCCUGUGAGCUGUACACUGAUCUUUGCGUUGGUCGACCGGAUGGUGUCAUACCACAUCCAUCCCGAUGCCAGCUUUUCAUUAAUUGUGCUGGUGGACACGUAAAUAUACAAUCUUGUCCAGAGGGACAUAUUUUUGAUUCUACGGAAUCUCGGUGCAUUCCAGGCAACACGGAAACAUGCGACAACCUGGACGAUUAUUGUCUUGAUCGCCCGGAUGGGGUCAUACCUCACCCGAAUCGAUGCGAUUUGUUUAUGCUGUGUAGUGCUGGCGUCACUUCAGUUCAUUCAUGUCCCUGGGGUGAAAUUCUUCGGCCGGAUAUGCAGUUCUGUGCACCCGGGAACAGUGACACUUGUGAGUUUACCGAUAUCGAUGCAAUGUGUGAUGGUCGUGAGGGACCAGUUAUUUAUCCGCAUCCCGAUGACUGCACUCUUUUGGUAGUGUGCCGUGAUAGCCAGGUGACAUUGGAACCCUGUCCGGAAGGAAAGGUUCUGCAACCGGGAACGAUGAGUUGUGUAGCCGGGAACUCGGAUACUUGUGAGCUAUAUAUCGAUCGAUGCGCUGCAAUAGAACAAGGUGUUUUACCUCAUCCUUCCGUUUGUCAUCUGUUCCUUCGUUGCCACUUUGGACAGACAACAGUCGAGUCUUGUGGACGGGGCCAAAUUUUCGAUGCUGACGGGGGACAAUGUGUUGUCGGUAAUAGAGAUACAUGCGAGAAUUUAAGUGGAAUGUGUGGUCCACUUUCGGAUAGAGUUGUCGUGCACCCGAAUCACUGUGAUCUGAAGAUCGAAUGCCGCGACGGCGUAACGAGUAUGCACGCCUGUCCAAGCGGACAAAUCUUACAUCAAAACAUGCAAGUUUGUGCACCUGGUUCUGCAAAUGAUUGCGAACUCCAUCCUAUAGAUGAUAUGUGUUUAGGACAACCCCAGGCAAUCUUUCCACCGCCAGAUCAGUUACAAUGUUUGGAUUAUGUGGUUUGCUCGAACGGACUGGCAACCGUGCACUCUUGUGGCAUAGGGACAGUCCUGCGACCUCGUUUUCUAGACUGUGUUCCAGGUGAUGUAGACACCUGCGAAUACUUCCCACAUCUUUGCCUGUUCCGACCGAAUGAAAACAUUCCGCACCCCACAAGGUGUGAUUUGUUCAUAUCUUGUGUUUCGGAGGUGGCAAUUAUUGUACCUUGCGCUAGGGGAGAAACAUUUUCACCGGAACUCGGAUUGUGUGCUCCAGGUGACGCCUCAACUUGCGAGAGUUUCUUUGAAAUUUGUGACGGGUUAGAAACCGCUAUUUUGGAACAUCCGAUUCACUGUGAUCUGUUCAUUGUGUGCAUGUCGGGACUGCCGGUGGUUUUCGCUUGUCAAAUCGGACAGAUUCUGGAUCCGGAGCAAUUGGUUUGCACACCUGGAAAUGCUGAUACGUGUGAGUUAUACCCCAUGCCGGACCCAAAGUAUUCAGCAACUCUCGGGAGCUGUAGUUCCAGCGCGGUGCAAAGUUGCACACGGGAUUUAUCGCCGGAUGCAAUCACUAAUGACAUUUGUACGCGAUCGGGUACGUACAACGUGCCGCAUCCAUUCGUGUGUCACAGAUACAUCCAGUGUAUCUCGCGAACGGCUCGGAUACGCGACUGUCCCGAAACGCAUGUGUUCAAUGCCAUGUUGAAUGCAUGUAUUAUAGGUGAUCGUAAGAAGUGUAAAUAAAUGUAAUCUUACAA